CAUAAUAUAUGCUAUUAAUAUUUCGAAGUUAAACAAACACCACCAAAAUAGAAUGACGUCAUAGCUACGACAUGUCGACGUUGCACUAACGACAUAAUGACUUCUUACUAAUAACACGAGGCCAUUUGCUGACGAUGUAUUUAUAAUAGUGACUGGUUAAUUUCAAAGAGGGGUCGUUGUAUUUGGUGAUGCAUUUUUGAUUGGAUUUGUGUCGGAAGAUGUCAGGAGAGUAUCUUUCAAAACAAAAUUAAAAGGAAUAUAAACAAACAGAAUAAUGGUUCUGACUUGGUGUAUACUGAUCCUGACAUUAAUAGAUUUUUCAAGUGGUAUAAAGAAAAACAAAAAUGACCCUAUGUGUAUAUACACCUAUGGCGAAAAAUUCAUCGCUUACAACAGCAACAGAACCUAUAUAAAUGAGUCAUACAUGGAUUUUAACCACACGCUGGAGUUUUGUCAAGAUUACACGUGUUACACCCGAUUUAUUGCAAAAAGCUUUGUUCAGUGUUUUUUGAGAGAGAAAAAAUUCUGGUGCCCAUUAAAAACUUUUGGUAGCAAUUAUUUGAUUCGAUUGAAAAGAAAAAGAUCUACAGGCGAAAGUUUUAUAACAAGCCCUAAAAUGAUGCCGAAAAAAUGUCAUUGUGAUAUAGAAACCUUCCGUCCUGUCAUGCACAUUAAUAGAAAGAAUCGGAAAUUGACAUAUCGGUAUAAUUUGACAUCAUUUGUUAUCAACCAAUCAAAAUUAAGAUCUAAGGUUAUGCACAAAGAGAUUGGUCAGAAAGAAUUUGUUACCGUUGAUCAUUGUUUGAAUGGAGCGCCGUUACAAAGAGGAAAAACUGAUUGGGAGUGUCAGUUAAAAUUAAACCCGUGCAAACUGUAUACUGUCUGUGUAGAAACAAAAGUUGAUCUUUGUAAAGAAGAUUUGAAGUGUAUUGAUAUCAAAUCAUACGGUCUUACAGAAUCGCCAUCCGAAGCCAUAAAACCGCAUAAUGUAAAAUGCAUGCAAAGAAAUGGUCAUGUCAGCAUAUUUUGGCGUAAUGGAAAAAUUUUAAAUGCGUCCUAUGAAUAUCGACUAAAGGAUAAGAAUGGGAUAGUUUUAUUAGAAGGAAAAACGAAUAAAAAUAAUUUUAACAUUUUUCAGACAGGUUCAAAGGGGUUCUCUUUUUACCUGAAAACAUGUAAAGAUUGUAACUGUCGUGAAAACACGCAACUUUGUACCCAGACUGUUAUAACAGGCAAAUUUACUUCUGCAAAGAGAGAUACGCUGAACAUCUCGUUUAUUGUUUUGUGUGUUAUACUUCUUUUGCUGAUUUUAUUUAUCUUUUAUCACUUAAAAAAGAAAUGCUGGAAAACUGAAGACAUUAAUAGUAAAAAAGAAUCAGAGGAAGCAAAAGUGUAGCCAUUUUAACCAUUUAUCAUGAAACAGACAAAAAAACAAAAACAAACAAACAAACAAACAAACAAACAAACUAACUAAUUUGUUAUUGUGAUAUUUUUUGUAUUUUUUGUUGUUGUGAGGCGUUGGUAAUUGAUUUUACAAAGUUAAAA